AUGCUGACAGGCAGCUUCUUCAUUGCGGUGAUGUUCGGCGCCUCGCUCGGCACCAACGUCUGGUGCUUCUUCCGUAUCUCUGGUCGUCUCUUCAACCCUGCUGUCACGACAGCUUUCGUCAUUGUCGGUGCCAUCACCCCCGUCCGCGGCGUUCUCCUCUUCAUCACUCAGCUCCUCGGCGGUCUCGCCGGCGCUGCUCUUGCCGAUGUUCUGACCCCCGGCCCCCUCCUCGCUGAGACUACCCUUGGCGGUGGCGCUUCGGUCUCUCGCGGCUUCUUCAUCGAGUUCUUCAUGACCUUUAUGCUCGUCACCUCGAUUCUCCUCCUCGCCGGCUUCAAGAACCGUGCCACCUUCAUCGCUCCCCUCGGUAUCGGACUCUCGUUCUUCAUUUGCGAGAUGUUCUCCGUCAACUACACCGGUGGCUCGCUCAACCCCGCCCGUUCGCUCGGCCCCGCUGCCACCAACCACAACUUCCCCAGCUACCACUGGAUCUACUGGAUCGCGCCCCUCUGCGGUGCCGCGCUCGCCGCCGUCUUCUUCCUCAUCCUCAAGUACCUCAAGUACGAGACCAACCUUGGCCCCGACUGCGACGACGACGGAUUCACCUACGGCUACCAGCUCGACAUGCGCGACCGCAUGGAGCGCGUCGAGAACCACCUCGCCAACCUCUCGACCCACUACGUUCCCGCCGGUCGCCAGACCGAGGGCAGCAAGGUCAUCGCCUAA